AUGGAUACAUCCGUACAAGGGCAACCCAAACAGACAUUGGAGUCUCUGAGCAAAGAUGAAAUUAUAAACAAAUACAAGGGCUUAUUGGGCAUUGCAAAGAAAGCGAAGCAGGCCAAAGAUGAAAUGCUUGAGGAAAAUCGCAAAUUAAAAGAGGAACUGCAGAAAUGUGAAACCCAAAAGGAAGCCGAUAAAAACGCUUUAAUGACCAUGAAAGAAAUGUUAGAAGCCUAUACAGAACAUAAACUGCAGUUAACAACACAGCUGAGCGAAUUAGAAAAACGACGAAAACAAGACAACGAACAGCUUGAAAAACUAUCAAUCGAAAAUGAAAGUUUAAAACGACAAAUUAGUCGUUUAAAUGACGACAACGAUUCGUUACUUCGUGAUAUUGAAAAUAUGGAAUGUCAGCUGCAACAGGUCAGUGGCCUGGGAAAGGAGCAAAAACAACAUUUGGUCAUGUUAGAAGAUGAAAUCAAUAAGCUACGCGAAGCUGAAAUGGCAAAUAAGCAGUUAACUGAACGAAAUAAUGAAUUAACCAAGUCCCUGGAUGAGUUGAAAGAGAAAUAUAGUUUUAUCAAAGAAAUCAAUACCGAGCAGAGACAUAAAUUUAAUGCGCUCAAAGAUAGAUUUAUCGAAGUCCAUAAGAAGGUGAAAAAACUUAAGGAAUGCAAACGUAUUUUACUGGAAACUCAACAUGAAUAUGCCGAUUCGGUAUCACAAUGGCAAAUGGAAAUUAUCAAGGCAUCCAAAUUACUCUGUCAAGAAUUGGAUAGUUUGAAAUUGGAGAAUACAAAACUGUUGGAAAAGCUGGAAAAUCAAAAACCAAUCGAGGUGAUUAUUGAGAAAGUUGGCGCGUUAAUGAAAUUAACGGAGAAAGUUAAAAAUGAAUACAAUAUUAUAACAAAAGAGAAUGCAGAAUUGAAGGAAAAAUUGUCUAAAGUCAACAACAAUGGAUUGUUGGUAUCUUCGGGUAAUACGAACUUGUGUGAAGAAAAAUUGGACAAACUCUUGGCACUGAGUAAAUUAGCUAUGACGGAAUAUGAAAAUUUGAAAACUUCUAAAAACAACAGUUCUCCAGAUGUCAAUGAAGAAAGCCUUAGCCAAUAUAUUGUACCUAAAUUGGAGAUAUUAAACAAUUUAGCGAAUCGAGCUAAAAACGAAUAUCAGUUAAAAUCCAAAGAAUUGUGUGAGUUGAGAGAAGAAAAAGAAAAUGUAAAAACUAAUUCAACAUGCAUGGGUUGUGAGGCAAAAUUGGCGGCUAUAGAAAAACUUGAAGAGGAUGUACAGAGAUUAACAAUGGCAAAUGUAAAAACUAAUUCAACAUGCACGAAUUGCAAGGCAAAACUUUCGGUUAUAGAAAAACUUGAAGAGGAUGUUCAGAGAUUGACAAUGGAAAAUGACAGCUUGCAGAAGGACAUCAUGACAAAAUCUAAUUCCACCUCACAACAAGAUAUGGAAAAUAUUGUACAACUCAAAGAAGAAUUGGAAACGUGUAAAAAAUCUGCAAAUAAUUUCCAAGAAAUGUAUCAGCAAAAGGAGCGCGAACACUAUGAAUUGUUGGAUGAAAUGCGUGAACUCAACGAAGCCCUUAAGGCCAGAGGCGAUUUAAUAUCUCGACAACAAGAAGAACAACAACAAUUGAAAAAUGAAUUGAAAAUAACCAGUGAAAAAUUAGAAUUAAUACAAGGUGAACUCAGUGCCAAACAACAAGAAUUCACAGAGAAACAAGAAAGCUUCGAGAGGUUGACAAAGCUACAGCAAGAAGAAUCGAAACAGAAAUUAGAAAAACUAGAAACCACCAAUAACCUAAAUGAGGAAAAAUUACGCAUUCUUAACACGGAAUUGGAAAUUCUAAAGAAUUCAACUCAAAACAAUGCCGCCGAUAUUCUAGACAAUCAAAGCGAAGUAUUGUCCACAUCCACUAUUUCACGAGCCGAUGAAUUGCAACGCCUUAAAGAUGUCGAAGACUCCUUCGAGGAAAAAUACAACAAGCUUCGGGCAUUGGCUGCAAAACUGAAGAAAAAGCUACAAGAUGAAGUGGGCGUUAAACAGAAUUUAGAAAAGGAACUCGAUCAAAUGAAAUCGAAUGAAAGUGAAAUGAAAAUCCAAAUAAGGGAGCUACAAAAGCGUAUAGACGACUUGGACAUGCAACUGCUGGAAAAACAAAAACUCGCUGACACACUGAAGAGUGAAAAUCAAAAGCUGAAAUCAUCACGCAAACAGGCGAAUGUCUUAAAUUUAGAAAUAGAAGCUGCCGAAAAAUCCCUCACCGAAGUGAAUAAUAAACUUGCCAAACGUACCUCAGAACUGGACAAUGCCCAGGCAGAAAUUAAAACAAAAGAUCUUACCAUCAUUCAACUGCGUAAGGAAAUUGAAUUGCUGGAAUCAUCCAAGGCGGCGGAGACCAAACAUUCGCAAGAAUUAAAAGACCAAAUUGACCAUCUACAAAAGACGAUAAAAGACACGGUUCACAGUAAACAACAAGCGCUGGAAAAAUCCAAGAUACUCGAACAAGAUGUGGAAAACUUAAAAAUGGAAUUGGAAGCGGCCAAGUUUGAAUUAUCGAAUGCCACCUGCAAUUUAGAACAAUCACUGGGCCAGAUAAAGGCCGAAAAAGAACAGUUAACCGAACAGCUGGCGGCCAAUCAAAUAAAACUCUCCGAAUGUGAGCAAAAAUUAAAACAUGCCGAGAGAGCUACUGAGGACUUGCGUGUUGAAUAUUUGGACUAUAAGGUUAAGGCCCAGGCAGUCCUAAGGAAAAAUCAAAAUCGCGAUUCCACUAAAGAACGUGAGCUGGAAGAAGAAAUUGUAACGCUGCGAGCCACCGAGACACAAUUGAAAACCACCAUCGAUACACUAACGACAAAACUGCAGUCAGUGGAAAAUGAAAAAGCCAACGUCCAAGAAGAACAACAAUUGGUCAAGAAGCGUUGCAGCGAACUAAUGCAAUUGGUUGAAGAGAUGCGUAAACAAAACGACACCCUCAAUCAGGAAGUGCAACAACAUAUAAAACAACAAAAUGAAAUCCUUAAACAACAUCGUCAACAAAUUGAAACCAUGGACGAAUGUCACAAGGAUCAAGUGAAGGCACUCAAUGCUAAUCAUCAACGGCAAUUGGAACAAUUGCGUAAAGAUUUGGCAGCCAGUAAUUUACGUUUACCCACGACAAUUGGCGGCACGGACACCACAACAACAAGAAUGGAUCAUCAUCAACAACAACAACACAUCGUUGGCGAUCACUCAAAUUAUCUACUAAUGGAACGUGAAGAUGCCGAAGGUUCUGAGGAAGCUGCUGAAACAUUAGCCUCAUUGGCUGCCUCAAGGAAAAUAUCAAAUGCCUCAUCGAAACGUUCUCAUGAUUUUAUGCCGCUAGAUGAACUGCUAAAUACGCCCAUUAAUGCAAUUAACAGCGAGACGUUAAUUAGUAAUGCCCUUCACAUUCCCGAUAAUCUAAACAACAAUAGUGAUUUGUUACAAUUGGAAUUGAAUUCCACCAAAGAACGUUUACAGAAGCAAGAAAGUCGUGUUCGUCAUUUGACAGCAUUAUUGGCAGAAAAUGAACAGGAUUUGGCAAAGUUAACACAAAUGAAUGAUAUGCUUAAGGAGGAGUUGCGUAGGCAAGAGCGUUCAGCGGAAAGGGAACAGCAUUUACAUAAUUCGGAAUAUGUUAAAAAUGUGAUAUUGAAGUUUUUAACACUGAAUAAUGCUGACGAGAAGACACGCUUGGUACCUGUAUUGAAUACACUGCUUAAAUUAAGCCGAACCGAAACCGAAAUGCUAAAUUGUGUUGCCAAAGGUCAAAAAGUGGCUGAAACGACGACGAGUGCACAACGCAGUGGUGGAUGGGGUAAUUUUUUACCUUGGAGCGGUGGCAGUAAUAAUAAUUAA